AUGAAUAACGAAAAGUAUUAUAAUGAAAGUAAUGAAGGGGAUUGCGAUGAAAAUAAUGAAUGGUAUUAUGAUAAGAAUAACAAAGAGUAUUAUGAUGGGAAUAAUAAAGGGUAUUACAAUGAAAAUAAUGAAGGGAAUAAUGAAGAAUAUAAUUAUCAUGACAUAGAGUUAGAAUAUAUAGAUACUAACUUGGAGUUGGCAGAAGAAAAUACCAGUUUGGAAAUAGAGUACAUAGAAUGA